UGCAAUAUCUAGUAUUUCUUGUGUUGACUAAUUCGAAAUCAAGCUUCUGAUUGAAAUAAAUAAAUAAAUAAAUACCCACUUAGAAGAGCAUCAGAUUCUAAUUGAUUAUACAGCAAUUUCUUCCACAACCAUAAUGUAAGGAAAUGGAAUCAGCUUUUUUCCACAGCCUCCAUAUUGAUGUGAAACCAUAUCCAACCAUCCUAUUAUCCCAAGCUUCAUCAAUAAGCUCAAACAGAACCUUUCAUAGUUGCUUACCUUAUUGAGAGGCCUUUAGAGCAUCUAGAAAGGUUUUCUCUUCUCCUUACCAACUAGCCAUUGUAGCUGAUUAGCAUGGACUAGAGUGACAGGUUCCUAAAAAGCUCUUCCUUAAUUCCCUCAAGGAGUCUCAAAACAAUAGCUUGUCUGGAUCUGCAAUUCUGUAUGGGUAGCACCAGAAGGGCUUCUUAUUACUAUGAGAGAGUAGUGGCUAUUGUUUUGGCCCUUAUUGCUGUUCUAUCACCUCUGUAUAUCGAUCGGAAACAAGCGGUCGAACUGGAAGAAGAUGAAGAUGGCAGUGGCAGCACCAUCAGCUUUGUUUCCUGGGCAUGGUUACCUCUGUUGCUAGUAAUCCUGAUUGUUGCCAUCAACAUGUCUUGUUACUUAGACAGAAGAUUUAAGAGGUUUGACCCUUAUUGGAUACACAGAGUUGGAGGUUCUCCAUGUGGGAUCCUAGCCCUUCUCUUGUUGCUUGCUUUAGUUUUGAAGUGCAAAGCUUCUUCGAUCAAUAACUGAACUUAAGAGCCCUGAAAGGUGAAAGGAAGAAGGUGAAGGACACAAACUGCUUCCAGGGGUGAAGGUGG